AUCAGUAUUAAAUGCCGUACUUCCCUGUCCGUCUCUCCUAAAUCCAAACAUUUGAUAUUUCCACAACACAAUGUCCUCAAUCAAGCCGCUCACCCUGCAUGCCCAUUCCACGGGCCCCAACCCUUUCAAGGUGGCCAUGGCCCUCCAAUACCUCCAAGUGCCGUACGAAGUCAAGCAGUGGCAAUUCGGCGACGAUGCAGAAAACGGCGUGAAGGGCACCAAAUUCCUACAGAUCAACGAAAACGGACGAGUUCCCGCCCUGGAGGAUCCCAACACCGGAGUCGUGUCCUGGGAAUCCGGCGCAUGCAUGAACUACGUGCGACGGGUAUAUGACAAGACCGGAAAACUGGGCCCAGUCAGCAAUGCGGAACAGGACGUGGUGGACUUCGAGAAGUGGGAGUAUUUCCUGCUCACGACUCUGGGGCCGAUGAUGGGCCAGACGAAUUGGUUCCGUAACUACAAUGCUACGAAGAACGAUGAUGCUCUGGAAAGGUAUGUAGCUCAGAGCUACCGGUGUUUCGAUGUUCUUGAGAAGCAUCUGGAGAAGUCCUCCGCGGAGAGCAUCUUGCCGGGCAAAGUGACGGCCGUGGAUUACCAUUUCGAGCCGUGGGUUCGACAAUACGCGUUUGCGGGUCUGUCUUUGGAUAAAUACCCCAAUAUUGCAAAAUGGCUCAAGAGUAUUCAGGGGCGUGAGGAGGUGAAGCAGGCGUAUAUCAGCAUUAAGGGUGCCUAAGAGCGCCGCUGCGCAGUGAGACGAGGGAGUUUCAUAGUACAUAUUGGAUCCUGAUAAAGAGAAAGGGUUUCAUUAUUUUAUCACAAUUGCUAGCAUCACAAUUGUUAGCAAUAAAUAAAGUCUUUCCUUG